UCUUUCAUUCCUCCCCCCCUCCUCUUCUCCUCUUCGCGUGCUCCUCACCAAACGCAUCCCCUCACCGCGAGAUCUCCCCCCGAUCCGACCCUCCCACGACCACCGGCGUCAAGCCAAGCCAAGCCAUGGGCGGCAAGGAGCUGAGCGAGGACCAGGUGUCCUCCAUGCGGGAGGCGUUCUCGCUCUUCGACACGGACGGCGACGGCCGCAUCGCGCCCACGGAGCUCGGGGUCCUCAUGCGGUCCCUGGGCGGGAACCCGACGCAGGCGCAGCUCCGGGACAUCGCGUCGCAGGAGAAGCUCACGGCGCCCUUCGACUUCCCCCGGUUCCUCGAGCUCAUGCGCGCCCACCUCCGCCCGGAGCCCUUCGACCGCCCGCUCCGCGACGCCUUCCGCGUCCUCGACAAGGACGCCACGGGCACCGUCUCCGUCGCCGACCUCCGCCACGUCCUCACCUCCAUCGGCGAGAAGCUCGAGCCGCACGAGUUCGACGAGUGGAUCCGCGAGGUUGAUGUCGCCUCCGACGGCACCAUCCGCUACGACGACUUCAUCCGCCGCAUCGUCGCCAAGUAGCCUCCCCCCACCCGUCGAUCGAUGCGAUCGGUUUCAGACUCCUUCGUAUUUAAAUAACUCUUCAUGUGAUUUCGUUUGGUUAAUCCUAUGAUCUGAUUUGCUGCGGCGGCCGUUCUCUGAAUUUGAUUGAUACCCCGUAUGUUUUGUUUCGUGUGGCCUAGGGUUUGGAUUAUUAUUGGUGUGAUUAUGGAUAUUGCUGCAAUGUAAAGUGUGGAUCUGCUUUACUUUCUUUUUUUUACGGCUCUCUGGUUUGUGCUAGUUUAUGUAUUCAUGUUAAUAUAUUCAUUUAUUUACUGCAA